GCUAUUUUUUUCACACAGGAAGAAGAAGAAGGGUCCCACUUUGAAAUGUUGUGUCAUGUGUUGAAGAAGUGAAUUAGUCACUUAAGGAGUUUUCUGAAGCUCUCUAAUAAUAAAGGAAUCAAUCAACCGGUAGAUUUACCGUAAACCUUCGUGUUUACGGUGAAGUUUAAAGCGGGCUCGUGCUGUUGUGGAUGGCUGUAGCUAGCUUACUUUAGCUAACAGUGAUGUCCUCGUCGUGGACAGAGCGCCAGGGAGAGGUGGGAGACCUGGGACACCUGAGUAAAGAAGAACUACAGGAACUGCUACUCCGACAAGAAAGGAUACUCAGUAACAAGAGGUUAUUGCAGACUCUACCUGACAAAGGGAAAAAGAUAAAAGACUUUGCAGAUAAAGUGCGUCUUGCCAUUGAUGAUCACAGUGAGGAGGAGAGGAGACGAAGCCUAGUGUCUGUUGCGAGGACAGAGUUACAGUCCAAGUACCAGCAGGCUUUUGCUCACCGGCGUGCUGCCUCCAUCACACCAGCAGCCUCACAUCAAAACAGGCAAAAUGAGGCUGCUGCACAGGAGAGCGAGACCUCACCUGCCUCAGCGCAAGUGCAACAAAACCACACUUUGGACGAGCAACGAGAGUCGUUUGUCUCCGGAGCGACUGCUGUGGAAACCAUGGAAACGGCAGCUCGUGGGGCCUCUGUGAACUCUGAUGAAACAAAAGAGGGUGACCUUGUGGAGGCCCUGGAAAGGGUCACGGUGUCUGGAACUACUACUGGUGGCAGCAGCGAAUCCAAAGAGCCAUUAAACAGCAGUGCAAGAGACAAUUACUUUCUCAGAAAGCAACCACCAAAGAAGCCUCACUAUAUAACUGUCCUGGAAAAAACAGAGAAGUCUGCAGCUCCCAGGAAGCAAAAAUUUAAACCAAAUCAGCUGCCUCAUAGAAGUGACGUCUCUCCAUCAGGAUCCUCGUCACCCAGUCAGUCCUCCGAAGGCUCAUCGCCACUGUCUGCGCAAGCCAGGAGGGAGCGGGACAGAAAACACCUGGAUGACAUCACUGCUGCCAAACUCCCCCCUCUCCAUCACAAUCCAGCCCAGCUCCUAUCUCUGGAGGAGUCAGCCGCACUGCUGAAGGAGCAAACCAAGAAACAGCUGGAGUUGCAGGCCAAGCUGGCAGCCCAGAAACUGUCUGAAGGAUUGAAGAUCUCUAUGGGGAGCUACACUCCUGACGGUGGCCCCAUGGCUGCCUACAGAGAGGUUCACGAUGAAGGAGCCCAGCUCUCCUCAGAGGAAGACUGAUCCUGGAGGGCCAGCUGGGGGACCAGUGUGACCUUGGCCCUGAGGGAAAGAGGCUUUGGACCUUGUGAGCAGGACCCAUCAGACAGGAUUUUCACUCCAAGGGCAACAAUUCUUCAAAGAGGAAAAGGGUCUUUUGCAUGGUGUGAAGGAAUAGUCGGUAUCCCAGACUCGGCUCAGGAAAUUGAAUGACAGGUUGAGAAACUAGCUUACUUAAUUGUCAUUCAGUCUGUAGUGGGUUCAGUUGUUUCAGCGUUCUGCAGGAAUAACAACACCUUCCGCUGACUACGACUCUUAAGUGCUAAAUUUGAAACAUGUGUCAUGUGGGAAAGUGUUUCUUGUCAGCAUGCUGAGACUGAUGACAUCAUGGCUUUGAGUGCUGUUCGCUGAGGUUUCUGUUUUUAGUAUUUUUAAUAAUUCAAUGCACUUAAAGCUCAUAAGCGGUGACUGUUUACAGCUUUGUGGAGAAGCAGACGUGAGCCUGCAAAUAGUUAUAUCAAACUUCAAUGUUACAGAAUGUGUAACACGAACAAAUAAAUCACAUGAUUUCCUAAAUGUC